AUGGAAUCUAUUCAUAGUCAAAAAGAUUUAACCCCGAUCUACGAAGGGUUUACCACCGGCGUCGAGGCCGAAAUCCAGCAGUUGGCGAGGCAAGUCAGCAAGCACAGUAGCAUUGCCACCGAUAAUUCCGGGGAUCUUGGUCUCACAAGAACCUUGACCUCGCUACUGGAAGUACCUGGAGUAAACCCAUUUGUUGAUGAUAUAGACCCUCGUCUAGACCCCAAUUCCAACUCUUUCGACUCCAAGUUCUGGGUCAAAAAUCUCCGGAAAUUGACCGAAAGCGAUCUGGAAUAUUACAAGCCAUCGCAGGUGGGAGUGGCAUUCAAGGAUUUGAGAUGCUUUGGGGUAGCAAUGGAUGCUGACUACCAGAGUAACUUUUUGAACGGAGUGUACAAGUCCAUCACACAAACUAUACAAAAAAACACUAGGAACCAUCAGCAAGGGCUGUAUGAUAUUUUGAAGCCCAUGGACGGGUUGAUUCGCCCAGGCGAAUUGACGGUGGUGUUGGGGCGCCCUGGUGCCGGGUGUUCCACCUUCUUGAAAACAGUGGCAGUGCAAACUUACGGGUUCAACGUGGCACCCGAGUCCCAAAUCAGCUAUGACGGGAUUCUGGCCAGCGAUAUGAAUAAGCACUAUGCUGGAGAGAUUGUGUACUGUGCUGAAACUGAAAACCAUUUCGCACACUUGACGGUGGGAGACACUUUGAAAUUUGCAGCCAUUAUGAGGACUCCGCGGAACCGACCCUUGGGAGUUUCCAGAGAUCAGUACGCCCAGCACAUGGCAGACGUGGUGUUGGCAACCUAUGGGUUGCUUCACACCAAAAACUCACGGGUGGGAAACGACUUUAUCCGGGGAAUUUCUGGAGGUGAACGAAAGCGUGUUUCUAUCGCCGAGGCAGCUUUAUCCCAGAGUAAAGUCCAGUGCUGGGACAACUCUACCAGAGGCUUAGACUCGGCCACCGCAUUAGAGUUUGUCAGAGCAUUACAGACAUCGGCACGGGUACAAAAAGUGACUCCAUUGAUAGCCAUUUACCAGUGUUCACAGGAUGCGUACGACUGUUUCGACAAGGUGCUCUUAUUGUACGAAGGUUAUGAGAUCUAUUUUGGCAGCGCUCGUGCCGCCAAACAAUAUUUCCUAGACAUGGGAUUCGAAUGCCCACCCCGGCAGACCACCGCCGACUACUUAACCUCCCUAACCAACCCACAUGAGAGAGUGACAAAGGCUGGUUUCGAAGGGAAAGUACCGGUGACUCCAGAGGACUUUUACCAAUACUGGCGCCGGUCUUCUACUAGAGCUCAAUUACUUACCGAAAUUGACGCGUACCUCGAAGAAACAAGUGGUCAUAGAGCUGACUUUGAUACCAUGCAUCGGGCCAGGCAGUCGAAGGCCUCAAGACCGGGGUCUCCAUAUACUGUAUCCUUUGGAAUGCAGGUGAAGUACAUCACGCAAAGAAACUACUUACGGUUUUUAGGAGACCCUUCAAUCACCUUAUUCAUGAUUAUCUCCCAUAUCAUUAUGUCAUUGGUAGUGUCAUCAGUGUUCUACAAUUUACCAUUUGACACUUCCUCGUUUUACUACAGAACCGCAGUACUUUUUUUUGCAACCUUGUUUAAUGCGUUUUCUUCCAUGUUAGAAAUAUUCAGUUUGUACGAGGCGAGGCCAGUGGUAGAGAAACAUAAGACAUAUGCAUUAUAUCAUCCUGCAGCCGAUGCGUUGGCAUCGAUUUUCUUUGAACUCCCUGAGAAAUUGCUAAGUGGUAUAUCCUUCAACUUGAUCAUAUAUUUCAUGUGUAAUUUGAAGAGAGAGCCAGGAGCUUUCUUCUUUUUCCUUUUGACAGGUUUUGGGGCAACUUUAACCAUGUCCCAUGUUUUCAGAACCUUGGGUGCAUCCACAAAGACUUUGUACCAGGCCAUGAAUCCUGCAGGGCUCAUCUUAUUGAUUCUUGUGAUCUAUUCUGGAUUCGUCAUUCCUUAUCCUAAUAUGCUUGGAUGGUCCAGGUGGAUUAAGUACUUGAACCCCAUAUCCUAUACAUUCGAAGCCAUGAUUGCAAAUGAGUUCCACGGAAGAGAAUUUCCUUGUGUGUCGUUUAUCCCAAGUGGUUCUGGUUAUCCCCUGAAUGGUACUUCUAUUGCUUGUAGUGUGGUAGGAUCUGAACUCGGAAGCUCUUUUGUCAAUGGGGAUGUUUAUAUUGACACUGCUUUUACGUAUAGGUGGGGGCAUGCCUGGAGGAAUUUUGGUAUCAAUGUUGGUUUUAUGCUUUUUUUCCUAUUCACGUAUAUUAUUCUAUGUGAGUUCAACAAGGGUGCUAGGCAAAAGGGAGAGAUUUUAUUGUUUCAAAGAAGCAAAUUAGCCAGAUUGAAGAAAGUGGUUGUGGAUGAGGAGUCUGGAUCCACAGAAAAGGUCCACGAUAAUGAUGUUUCCAAUAGCGACGAUUCUUCGGAAGAAAAGCAUAUUGAAAAACACGAAAACAUUUUCCAUUGGAGACAGUUGAACUAUGAAAUCACCAUCAAGAAAGAUACUAGAACUAUAUUAACUGAUAUUGAUGGUUGGGUUAAACCUGGCCAAGUCACUGCUUUGAUGGGAGCUUCAGGUGCUGGUAAGACAACUUUGUUAAAUGCUUUGAGUGAAAGAUUAACUAUCGGUAAAAUCACCAACGGAAAGAGAAUGGUCAACGGACAUAUGUUAGAUUCUUCAUUCCAGAGAUCAAUUGGUUAUGUGCAGCAACAAGAUUUACAUUUGGAAACUGCCACAGUCAGAGAAUCAUUAACUUUUUCAGCCUAUUUGAGACAGCCUGAAAGUGUUUCAAAGGAAGAAAAAGACCGUUAUGUUGACUAUACUAUCAAGUUGUUGGAGAUGGAGAAGUAUGCUGAUGCAGUGGUAGGUGUAACCGGUGAAGGCUUGAAUGUUGAGCAAAGAAAAAGAUUGACUAUUGGUGUGGAAUUGGUUGCUAAGCCAAAGCUUUUGGUGUUUUUGGAUGAGCCUACGUCUGGUUUGGAUUCCCAAACCGCUUGGUCUAUUUGUAAAUUGAUCAGAAAAUUGGCUGACGAAGGCCAAGCUAUCUUAUGUACCAUUCAUCAACCUUCAGCCAUUCUAUUGAAGGAGUUUGACAGGUUAUUAUUUUUGCAGGCGGGUGGACAAACGGUGUAUUUCGGUGAUUUAGGUGAUGAGUGUAACACUUUAAUCAAUUACUUUGAAAAAUAUGGAGCCUCAAAAUGUCCCCCUAAUGCCAAUCCUGCUGAAUGGAUGUUGGAAGUGGUGGGAGCUGCUCCUGGAUCUCAUGCUAAUCAAGACUACUAUCAAGUUUGGAAAAAUUCCACUGAAUACCAAGAUGUUCAAAAGGAGUUAGACUACAUGGAACAAGAGUUAUCCCAAUUGCCCAAAGAUGAAUCAAAAGAGAGUUUUAAAUCUUAUGCUUUACCCAUCUACAAACAAUACUGGAUUGUCACGAAGAGAGUUCUCCAGCAGUAUUGGAGAACAAACUCUUACUUAUAUUCCAAGUUCACUAUGGUCAUUGCCACUUCUCUUCUUAACGGAUUUUCUUUCUUCAAAGCUAAUAACACUUUGCAAGGUUUACAGAACCAGAUGUUUUCAGUCUUUAUGAUGUUGACGCUUUUUCAAAACUUGGUUCUUCAGUAUCUUCCAAUAUUUGUUAAGCAAAGGGAUUUAUAUGAAGUUAGAGAAAGACCUUCCAAGACAUUCAGUUGGUUCACCUUUAUUCUUUCCCAAAUUACUGCUGAAGUUCCUUGGGCUAUAGCAGCUGGAACAGUUGAAUUUUUCUGCUGGUAUUAUCCUGUUGGGUUCUACUCCAAUGCGAUCCCAACAAAGGCUGUGAAUGCAAGAAGUGGCUUCAUGUGGUGGCUUGUGGUAUUAUUUUUCGUGUAUUCUUCUAGUAUGGCCCAAGCGGUGAUUUCGUUUAUGGAAACUGCUGAUAAUGCUGGUAACUUGGGUAUGGUGUUAUUUUCCUUCUGUCUUCUUUUCUGUGGUGUAUUAUCCACUUCGGCUCAUAUGCCUGGGUUCUGGAUAUUCAUGUACAGAGUCAAUCCUUUCACCUACUUUGUUAGUGCAGCUUUGUCUACUGCAUUAGCCAAGUCGACUGUUGCUUGCUCUGAUGCAGAAUUGACAAGGUUCCUUCCACCAACAAAUUACACUUGCGAACAAUAUAUGGAAGGAUAUAUGGCCGUUGCUAAAGGUUACUUGGUGAAUCCUGUGUCUACAGGAGAAUGUCAGUAUUGUAAGAUGAGUUCUACAGACGCUUAUUUGGAGCAAAUAAGUGCAAAUUUUGACACCAGAUUUAGAGACAUGGGUAUUUUCAUUGCCUUCAUUUUCAUUAACUAUAUCAUUACCAUUUGCUUGUAUUGGCUCGCCCGGGUGCCAAAGAGAUCCAAGCACAGAAAGACUUCGUAA